AUGGCGCCCGCAAUACCACCUCCGGACGUCUUUCCCUCAACUCGACAUCCGGGCCGUAAAAUCCUCUACCGACGUCUGACCGGUCCGGACGUCAAGCAUACGCUCCUAUUCUGCUAUGGUGCAGGCUCCCAUUCGGCCCUUACAACACUCUUUAAACCCUUUCUGGAUCAACAUCCGGAUCUCGAGAUCCUCUGUGUCGAUCGCUGGGCACUUCCAGUCCCUACGGUGACAUCGUCGUCCUCUGUCUCCCGGUCAGGACUUGGUAUCUUUGAGGAACUCACCGAUAUCACGAUCGAAUUGCUUCAAUCUCUGAACAUCUCCGAACUUAGCAUGGCCGCUCAUUCUGCGGGCGUUUACCAAAUGCUUCACCUCGCCCAAAGUUGCCAGGAGAUUCCGACUCUGAGGGUCACACAUCUGUUCCCAUUGUGUACCCAUAUCCCGGCUUCUUUCUGCGGCUCCCAAUUCCUGGAUUGGAUGCGUGUUAUGCCGAGCCCCUUGUUCAAAACUUUGACCAGAGUCGACUCCAGCUUCGGUGAAUCCUGGCUUGGGACAUGGAUGGCAGGAGUGAAUACCAAAUCCAUCGCCACAGCACAGUCGCGCAAGCAGCUCUCCAAUUAUAAAGCCUCUGCGGACGAGACCCGUGCUCGAUCGGAACGUCAAGAUCUUGAUUAUCGCAUCAUCUAUGAACAUUUUGAGGGCAUUGAUCACGGGCAACUGGUCAACAUCUACCGCGCCUUGACUAUGCUCGCUCCGAAAACUAAAGUCGUUUGGUUCACAAGCGAUCGCGACGCUUUCUUUGGUCCUUCGAGUGUAUCUCGUCUGCUGCUGGAAAUACAAGCCGAAUCCGAUGUCGAGGUAUUUGUUGUGGACGGAGCAACUCACGCCGACAUCCACGAGAGUAGGGACGUCUGGGAAAACAUUAUCCAGAGCCUAGGUCUGGCGAAGAAAUGCCUGGAUUAG